AUGAAACUUUACGUAGUUUUAAAAGACGAUAUUUGUAAAGAAUGCUAUGAAAACAUUGACUUAGCUAACGCAGAAGCUCUAGAGAAUGCGAUCAAAGCUAGAAUGAUGUUGGAUAACGCGAAUUGGAGCAAUGAAGCUUUUGUUACAAACCAUCCUUCAGCAGAAGGCCCUAGUGAAACGGACAGAGUUGCCAAAAGCACAGAAGACUUGAAAAAGUUCAAUGAAGAAUCGGAGAUAAAGCUAGAUAGUUUAGAAUGCAAAACAGAAGAUGCGGAAGUUAAUUGA